CUUAUGCAAAGAAUGGAAAUGAUCUCUGAAUUCAAUGAAAUUAGGAAUAGAUGGCAAUAAUUAAUUUUAAGUUAUAAAUUGGAAUUAUAGGAACAAAACAAAAUUUUUUAUAUAAAGAUAUUGAUUCCAGAAAUAACGUAUACUAUAGAGACAGUAGACUAUAUAAUGUUUUCGAUAAAUAUUGUUUAUAAGGAAUAAGGUUAAACAAAUUUAAAUGAGGAAGAUAAAAGAAGAUUGUUGACGCGAAAUUGAUGAUAAUAUUAAUGUUAAAUAUGUUAGG